GAUGCCACAGAGAAUUUCUCUGUUUCAUGGUCAGAACUAUCACAAGCUUAAGCGAGCCUGUUUAAGGCAUGGAGCACUUUUCAAAGACCCAUAUUUCCCUGCCUGUACUCAGUCACUAUUCUACAAGAGAGCACCACCUCCAGGACUCACAUGGAAAAGGCCACGGGAACUGUAUAAAGACCCACGUCUUUUUGUGGAUGGAAUCAGUACCCGAGAUCUGCACCAGGGGAGUCUGGGUAACUGCUGGAUGGUGGCAGCUACUUCUUGUCUUGCAACAGAGCCAUCGCUUUGGAAGAAGGUCAUCCCAGAUCACAUGGAGCAGGAGUGGAACCCCAAGUGUCCACACCUGUAUGCAGGAAUUUUCCACUUCCGCUUCUGGCGGUUGGGUCAAUGGAUAGAUGUGGUGGUGGAUGACCGCUUACCAGUCAGUGAGGAUGGAACUCUUCUCUUUUGUCGUUCAGCCACACCACGGGAGUUUUGGAGCGCCCUGCUGGAGAAAGCUUAUGCCAAACUCAAUGGCUGUUAUGAAGCCUUAGAGGGAGGAAACACUGCAGAAGCUCUGGUAGAUUUCACUGGAGGAGUAUCCGAGCCACUGAGUUUAAAUGGAGAGCAACUGAGCCAAAAUGGUGACCAAAGGAGGGCACUGUUUCAGAUGCUAGCCAAAGCACACAGCUGUAAAGCUCUCAUCACUUGCUCCAUACGGCCAGGAGAAGGAGAGCAGGUUGAGUCUGUACUGGAAUGUGGUCUGGUAAAGGGCCAUGCAUAUGGUGUAACUGCAUUUAGGAAGGUCCGUAUUGGGGAAAAUCUGUUAGCUGUUUGCGGAACAUCACGGCUCUACAUGGUGCGAAUGAGGAACCCAUGGGGCACAGCAGACUGGACCGGAGCCUGGAGCCAGGGGUCCCAGCAAUGGCAGCAGGUGGGUCGCUGUGAGAGAGAGAAGAUGGGGCUGAUUGUCAGAGAUGUUGGAGAAUUUUGGAUGGAGUUUGAGGACUUCUGCCACUACUUCACAGAUAUGGUGGUGUGCAGGCUAGUUGAACGAUGCCCGUUGUGGCAUUGGGGUCACUGGAGAGAGACACAUUGUACUGGAGAGUGGACUCAUGCUCCUCUAGACUCAACAAGACCAACUGAUUCUCAAUCCAAAACCCAGAAGGUCUUCUCAAGUUCCCAAUGGUCUCUUCCAGUUAUUGUGCCAAGAGGAGAGAAAAAAGAAAAAAGGCUGAGUGAAAAACAGCUGCAUGAGAGGAAGGAAAACUGGUUAAAAGAGAAGAAAACAAAAGAUGAACAUAAAACUAGGCCAACACAAAAAGGAAAGAGGACAACAAGGGAGAACGAAGAUGAGUUUCAGGGAAAAGAGAAAGCAGUGGCUGAGCAAUGUUGGCGAAGAGAAAUGGACAAAAGAAGCAGGUGUGGGGGAUGUAUUAACCACAGAGAGACAUUUCUUCAUAACCCUCAGUUCAUGUUCGAGCUGGAAGGAGAGGGGGAUGAGGUGCUCAUAUGUCUGCAGCAGGAGGACAGAAGGAUGAAAAGGAGGGAAGGAAGGGGUGAAAAUCUUCCAAUUGGCUUUGAAGUGCUGAGGGUUGAGGUGAACCGUGUGAGUAGGGUACAGUGUUUUACUGAGCAGGCAGCCAGUUCAGUCUACAUGGACUCACGUAGCAUUACCCUGCGUGUAACUCUUGAACCUGGACGCUACGCCGUCCUACCCACCACCUUCCAGCCUGGGGUUACUGGUCGCUUUCUUCUCCGCCUCUUCUCACACACACAUGUCAAACUCAGGGAGCUGAAGGACGAGUUGCCUGCUCCCUCUCUGUGGCAGUGUUGUGUGCCUCAGCCCUGUGCUGUUCUUACAGUGCAUCUUCACAGAGCCUCCUCACUCAGCAAAGCCAAACAGCUAGCUCCAGAUGUAUAUGCUCUCAUCAAGUGUGAAGAGUACACUAUAAGGACACGUGUCUUUAAAAAAGAUGAAAGUCCUGAAUUUAACACUAAAGCCAUUUUUUACAGGAGGAAUCCUAAGAGGAAAAUCUGCAUAGAGCUAUGGGGAAGAGGUUUGCUAUUUGACUCCUUCCUGGGAAGAGCUUAUCUUCAAACAGGGGCCAGCGAACGAGGACGGACUAGAGUGAUUGAACUGCAAGGUGGUCAAUCACACGGUUGCAUCUAUGUUGAGACUUCCACUAGUCUGUGCCUGACAGACUUAUGA